CCGAGGGCGCUGAUUUGGAAAAGAAGAGCACCUGUGAUUCUAAUCGUCGUUGCUAGCGGCUAAAGCAAGUGGCAGACAGUCAGGUGUUUGGUUCUUCAUGUUCCAGCAUGUCGGAUGUGAGACAGAGGAAAGGCAAAGGUCGCUCUCACAAGAGUGCCUCCCCAGUCACCCAGAAAGGAGCUGCAUCCGCCUCUAAGUCCAAGACUCAGUCAAAGGAAGCUGUGGAAUGUGAAAGUGUUAAUGACUCCCUCUACUGGGUACUGUCAUGGAGUAGUGUUAUUCUGGGCCUGGUGGUCAUGCUCUGCUGUGGGUUGACACAUGCCAAGUAUAUGUCACAGAUCCAUGAGAACUGGCUCUGGUUCACAAAUAUUAAGGAAGUAGAGAGGGAGAUAUCCUUUCGUACUGAGUCUGGACUGUACUACUCCUACUACAAACAGCUGGUUCAUGCCCCUUCAAUAACCAAAGGGCUGUAUGAGAUCACCCAUGACAAUAUGACGGAGCACCCAAGUACUAUAAAUGUCCUGGAGCGUAUGAACAUCUACCAGGAGGUCAUCCUUAGCAUCCUGUACAGAGUCCUUCCUAUCAAGAAUUACAUUCAGCCGAUUUAUUUCUACAUCAACAGUGUGUUUGCUCUUCAUGCCAUGCUCAUCUGGGCGCUGUUUGCCACCGCUUAUAUGCUCAGUGGUUCAUGGCUCGCUGGCAUUCUCACUUCCUGCUUCUACAUCUUUAACAGGUUGGACACGACCCGUGUGGAGUACAUCAUCCCUUUGCGUGAAAGUUUCUCCCUGCCAUUCCUUUGGGUACAGAUAGCUGCUACCUCAUUCUACUUCAGACCCAGCAACAACCCUACCAAAGAUAAACUCUCUGCAGCCCUGUGUCUAGUCAGUACCUUCCUGUUUGCCCUGGGAUGGCAGUUUAAUCAGUUCAUCAUACUACUCCAGUCGUUUUCCUUGUUUGGUGUGUGGAUAUUAGACCUUGUUCCACCAAGGAAGGUCAGGAUGAUGCUUUAUAUUGAGGCCAUUUCCCUACUGGUGGUGUGUCUGCUCCAGUUCAUCAACAAAAUGAUACUUGGGUCCUUCGUGAUGAGUUUUAUACCAGCAGCACUGUUCCUUAUGUAUAUAAAGGGUGAUGACAUGAAACUUUGCAGUAUACCAUCACGGAUCUUCAAAGUGAUAUCUUACAGUACCGUCGUAUUGAUGUUAAUGGUGUCCAUCAACUUGGCAGUAAAGGUUUUGAUCAAUGUAGAAGCAGACGAACAUAUAUACAAAUUUGUACUGUCUAAAUUUGGCAUCGGAAAUCCGAGGGACUUUGAUUCACGGAUAUACCUUUGUUUGGAGGCAUUUAACUUCCUGCCGUUUGAUACGUACGAGAGACUGACAAAAGGGAUGGUGUUUCCUUUCUAUGUGGCCACACACGCAGUCCUUCUAAUUGUCCUGUGUGUAGCUGUUCUACAAAACUGGAGUAACCAUGUUCAUGAUGCAACUGUAAAAGAUAAUGCUAGUACGAAAAAGUCACAUCUUCUUAGUAACCGACCAGAACUGGCAUACCAUAUAGUCCAGGCAGUGUUUUUUGGUUUAUUAGCCAUGUCCACCUUACGGAUGAAGUACCUAUGGACACCAUACAUGUGUAUCCUAGCCAGUUUCGGGAUCAGUGACUACCGCAUGUGGAGGAGUGUCCUAGCUCACCUAAAAACACAGGGCAUGAUGGUACAGAUUGUAAGACAUCUGGCCACCCUGAUUGUCCUAGCCGCCUUGUUAGCAUUAGCUCUUCCUCCAGUUUUCAAAGAACUAGAAGACCUAAAGGAAUUCUGGGACCCAGAUACCGUUCAGCUCAUGGAAUGGAUUAAAAAAGAGACCCCAAAGAAGGCAGCAUUUACAGGCAGCAUGCAGUUACUGGCAGGAGUGAAGUUAUGUACGGGUCGUCCCAUCACAAACCAUCCCCAUUAUGAGGACAAACAUCUACGAGACAAAACAAAAGAUCUUUAUCAAAUUUAUGCCAGAAAAACACCAGAGGAUGUGCACAAACUUCUUAAGAAGCAUAAAGCUAAUUAUAUAAUUUUGGAAGACAGUAUAUGUUUAGCUCCGUCAAGGAAUGGUUGUCGAACUCCUGAUUUAAUGGACUUCCAUAAUGGACAUCUUCCCGACUCUAGCAAUGGCAAGAUGCAGCCUGGACUGGUCCGCAGUAAAGUGGCAAGAUUUUGUGACGAGAUCAGAUACAAUGGAACACGUUUCAUGAAGCUCUUUAAACCUGUAAUGAGUAACAAGACAUUUCGUGUUCAUAAGGUGGUAUAGCAUCAACAAGGCUUCAUCUCAAAAAUCAUCGCUGUUGUCAUCUGUAUGAGCGGUGUCAGAUUUUUUUAGUGGUAUGGUUGAGUAUGUGAGAAUAGCCUGUGGUGUCAAUAUUCACAAAGGUUUUGGUAACCAUGACACAAAUUUUCUAGGAGAAACUAACUAACAGUCCAUAGAAGGAAAAGUUUGUUAUAAAUGAAAAGUAUUUAAUGACAGAAAAACCCAAAUGAUCUGUAUGUCGGCUAUUUGUUAAUUUAAUUUUUUAGAUCUUUUUAUUUUUUUAUUUUUACUGCUGUGACUAGGAGGAACAGUCUGUAUGUCAGCCCUAUGUUAAUUUAAUUUUUUAAAUCUUUUUUUUUUUUUUUUUUUUUACUGCUGUGACUAGGAGGAAAAGUCUGUAUACUGAUGUCUUACUAUGGCAUUAAUGCAAGUGUUUAUAGUUGGAAACCUUACACAUAAAGGAUACAUAAUUUACUAUGCAGUCAUUUGGGAUUCUGCUGACACCAAGUGCUUAUACAAUGUCAAACAGCCUGUGUCAAUUGUAACUCACCUGGCCCAAACAGCCAGUGUCGUUUGUAGCUCUAACCUGGGCCAAACAGCCAGUGUCAAUUGUAACUCUUUAACCUGGGCCAAACAGCCAGUGUCAAUUUUAACUCUUUAACCUGGCCCAAACAGCCAGUGUCAAUUGUAACUCUUUAACCUGGCCCAAACAACCAGUGUCAAUUGUAACUCUUUAACCUGGCCCAAACAGCCAGUGUCAAUUGUAACUCUUUAGCCUGGCCCAAACAGCCAGUGUCAAUUGUAACUCUUUAACCUGGCCCAAACAGCCAGUGUCAAUUGUAACUCUUUAACCUGGCCCAAACAACCAGUGUCAAUUGUAACUCUUUAACCUGGCCCAAACAGCCAGUGUCAAUUGUAACUCUUUCAUAAUUCUGUAAUACUUCAUCUAAAAUCUAUAUGUGACUUUUGGGUCAAUUUAAAAAAAAAUUCUUUAGGAAUUAUGCUCAGUCUACCGGUAGUUAACUUUCUGAUUAAGGAAAUAUUUAUUCUUAAAUCAAGUGAAUUAUAUAUACAUUUUUAACUCUUCCAUUUUCUCUAGUUUUACUUCAAUAUUCAAAAGUAGAAUCGAUUCUAAAAUGUAUUCUUUAAGUUGGCUAUAUGUAAUCUCUCAGGUAUCGUUAAGCCUGAAAUCCAUAUCUUAAUCAAGAUCUUAUUAGUCCCUACCAGUUAAACCAGGGGGAAUAUUUCCUCCCUGUCCUUCUGUCUGUUUGUCUGUCUGUCCAUCUGUCCGUCUGUCAGUCCAUCCACUCAGUUUUCCUCACUUUACUCAGCCAUGCUUCAAGAUAUGUUGGUGAAAGUUGGUAUGUAACUUCAGUAUGAUAAGCUAAAGAUCAAGCUUGAGUUUCAGGGUUUUCAGCAUGCUUGUUGAUUCUGUUUCUGAGGUAAUGAAUUUCCCUAAACCCUUAAAAUAUAAUCCAUCAUUUCUGGUAUGGCUUCUCCCCUCUAUAUAAAUCAGGAGCAUUUACUGGUUACUCUCUUUAGUUUACACUGGUAACUAGAAAUCCUUGGAGGUUUGGUGUUGGUAACUAGAAAUCCAUGGAGGUUUGGUGUUGGUAACUAGAAAUCCAUGGAGGUUUUGUCUUGGUGUGUGUUAGGUAGGAUUCUUUAGUUUACACUGGUAACUAGAAAUCCAUGGAGGUUUGGUGUUGGUAACUAGAAAUCCAUGGAGGUUUGGUUAGAAAUCUGUGGAGGUUUGGUGUUGGUGUGUGUUAGGUAGGAAUCUUUAGUUUACACUGGUAACUAGAAAUCCAUGGAGGUUUGGUGUUGGUAACUAGAAAUCCAUGGAGGUUUGGUGUUGGUAACUAGAAAUCCAUGGAGGUUAUGUCCUGGUGUGUGUUAGGUAGGAUUCUUUAGUUUACACUGGUAACUAGAAAUCCAUGGAGGUUUGGUGUUGGUAACUAGAAAUCCAUGGAGGUUUGGUGUUGGUAACUAGAAAUCCAUGGAGGUUAUGUCCUGGUGUGUGUUAGGUAGGAUUCUUUAGUUUACACUGGUAACUAGAAAUCCAUGGAGGUUUGGUGUUGGUAACUAGAAAUCCAUGGAGGUCUAUGUUUUAUGGACAUGCCUUUCAAAGACAUGAAUUAUUUUGUAGUGUUACGUUAUACAGAAAUAUUGCAUUUGUAGUGUUACGUUAUACAGAAAUAUUGCUAUAUUAUUGGAUACUGAAGGGUGUGAUUUAAACUUAAAAGAAAGUUAUCAAGAUUUUUACGCCCGUGUUACCAACAACAGCAAGCAUCAGACAAUGUCCAGACUCUCUCUACCUAUACUGAAAUUGAUUUAUCAUCAGGAUGGACAUUAUAGGUAUUUGUGUAUCGGUCAAUAUAACAAGAUAGACUAACAAAAUAACAUGUAGAACUAUUUAUAUUUACAUUGUCUAUCCUUUCAUAAAGUUCUGUAAAAGUCUGCGAUUUUCUUACUGGACACAACAUGCCUCCUGAUAUCAACUUUGCCCCAGGGCUAAACAGUAACUCAGACGUCACUUUGUAAACCUUUAAUGUUCAUGUACCAUUGUCAUCUAUUUUGGCGAAAUGUUUUUUUAAGUAUUUCUUGUUUUUGCUAGCAUAUACAUGUAUAUGUUUUUGUUGUCUACAUGUUUGCUUUAUUUUAGUAAUGUAUUAUUGAUAAGAUUUAUGCAUAAUGUUAAUCUUACAAAGAGAAGAAACAUGAUUGUAUCCAUGCAUAAUACCAGGUAUUGUACACAAGAUUUUAAAAUACAUGUAUACAUUGAUAUGUUAAAACAUUUUUAUUAUAUAGUCAAGAGUUUUUAAUAAGGGAGGUUUUAAACCAGAACUGAUAUUAAAUCAAAGAUGAUCUGACA